AUGAUGGUGCGGAUGUACUUGAUGACCUUAGCGUGCGAGUCUGGUUUGGAGAAUGUCCGUUUGGCUGGUGGCUGUGGCAACGACACCUCGUCUGCCACGGGCUCUGGGCCAGAGUCCUCGGAAAACUUGCGGGUGACAAGUUCUGUGGUUAUUUGUUCUUCUUUGCUGUGUAGCUUGGGUGUUUGCAGGUCGAUUGGCGACGGAGGCAGGUUCCCCAAAGAGAACCCGUCAAAAAGCGGGUCCACGCUCAACGUCAACGGAGAGGCCGGGAACCCGGUUGAAUGUGCCCUGACCUCGCCGCUGGAGUUGCCGUUGAAGUCUUUGCGCUGGUCAAUGGCAGGGCUCGGGAAAAACCGCGACAUGCGGUGCGACACAGGCGUCUCGUCGAUGGAUCCGGUGCUGGCCCACAGCACGGGCGAGACCUGUGCGUUGGGGUCGUGCCAGGGAGGCUGCGACGAGCUGAACGAGCUGCGCGACGUAUCCAUCGAGCUUGUCUCGAACAUUGCGCUGGAGAUCUCGUUGCUCAGGUCGUUCCACAGUCGGCUGGACACCUCGUCGGGGAACGAGCCACGGCCCGCAAAAGCGGCCCCCUCAGAAAGCGUGCGCGACUCCUGCGGGAAUAUCACUGGCGAUUCCCGUUGCGAGGUGGACUUAUUCCACACGUGCGACCCGUUGGGACUGGACGUGCUGGACCAGAUGUUCGCCGUGGCGGGCGACUUGCGCGACAAUCCAAGCGUCUUGAUCCCCUUUUCCAGCCCCACAGACUUGCUGCCGAACGAAUUGGUGCGAUUAGAAAUACCUAUACCAGGCGACGGCUCCGACUGA